UGGGGCGGGCCGGGCAGCCAUCGGGGUAACGGAGGGGGCUCCGGCCCAGGGGCUGCCUGGACGGGAAAGGGGACACGGGCGGGGCUCCCCCACCUGGGCCCCCACCCUCACGCCAGGCCCCCCUGUGCGGUGCAGGACGAAGGAACCCUGGCCUCAGCUUCCCUACAGGCUGGGAUCAGGGACCCUGGUGUUCCGACUGUUUCGGAAGGGGGCGGCCUCACUGCAGAGGUCUGGAGGCGGGGCCGGGGCGGAGGCGGGCCCUGGAUGGGCGAGGGCGGAGCUUGCGCUCACUUCCGCCUGGCGCGGGCUUGGAUGGAGGCGGCGCGGAGGCCGCGGCUGGGGCUGAGCCGUCGGAGGCCGCCUCCGGCGGGCGGGCCUUCUGGCAGCCGCCCCUGGUUUCUCCUGGGGGGUGAUGAGCGGGAACGGCUCUGGGCCGAGCUGCUGCGCACGGUGAGCCCAGAGCUGAUCCUGGACCACGAGGUGCCUCCACUGCCCGCCUUCCCUGGACAGGAGCCCAGGUGCGGCCCGGAGCCCACUGAAGUCUUCACUGUCGGACCCAAGACCUUUUCCUGGACACCCUUUCCGCCGGACCUGUGGGGUCCGGGCCGCUCCUACCGGCUGCUUCGCGGGACAGGAGGGCACCUGGAAUCCCCCGCCAGGUCCCUGCCACAGCGCCCGGCACCUGAUCCCUGCAGGGCCCCCAAGGUGGAGCAGCAGCCGUCUGUGGAGGGUGCCGCGGCCCUGCGCAGCUGCCCCAUGUGCCAGAAGGAGUUCGCCCCCAGGCUGACCCAGCUGGAUGUUGACAGCCACCUGGCACAGUGCUUGGCUGAAAGCACAGAAGAUGUGAUAUGGUGAGCGCCAUCCUGAGAGCCCUGCGCAGUGUGUGAUGCCCGGACACGCUCUCCCCCGCCAGAAGCCCCGCCUCUCGGCUCCCCCGCAUGCGCAUUAAAGCAGGGCGGGCGCCUGUCUGUCUCUCCUGUUGUGUUGAAA